UCUGACUCCGAGAAAGCAUAACUGCGCAGGGCGCCGGCAGGGGGAAUAAGCUUAUUGUCGGGCAGUGUACAAGGAUUGUGGGCGCUUUGUGGGGGUCAUUCCAAAGACAGCGAGCGUGGCUCUAGUGGCUCAGCUGCCAACUUUAGCUGUAAUGGUUCGUUGAGCCCGGCUUGUUGAGUGUUUGUGUUUCCAAGGUUGGCUUCAGACGUGGAAGUCCCGGAGCACCAUCUCACUUUUUUGUAAUGCGCCUAGCACGGGAGUGUUGGCGGCGACAGCGGCAGUCAGCUGCACACACAAAGGUUUCAGCAUCUCCGAAAGGCACUUUCGUCUUAAUGAGAGUUUUCUGAAUACUGGUACAUCUGUGGACUUGCCUGGACCUUCAUUUGGGAACACUAAUAUACUUUUACUGAUUCUUAACCGCGGCUUGUUGACACCUAUAAACAGAAGAAAGCACCCAGUACAUAAACACGGGAGCUGUAAGAAUGGGGCAGCGUGUUCGUUUAUUAUCUGUUGUCAACGCAUGCUGUUUCCUUUUGUGUCUUGGGGCACUUCUGUCUGGCUUAACCUCUGCUCAGCGCUUGGUGACAGUACAGACUGGUCCCCUUUACAGGGUCCAGGGAUCCCAUAUCACAAUCUUGUGUAAUGUCAGUGGGUACCAAGGGCCUUCAGAGCAAAAUUUUCAGUGGUCAGUCUAUUUUCCAAGUGCCCCAACAAGAGAAGUUCAAAUAAUCAGCACUUCUGAUCCUGCCUUCCCCUAUGCUAUUUAUGGACAAAGGGUACGGGAUAAAGAGAUCUAUAUUGAAAGGCUGACUGGAGACUCUGUACGGUUGCAUAUCACAAACCUUCAGAAAACAGAAGAAGGCGAGUAUGAAUGUCACACUCCAAACACAGACGUUCAGUAUCAUGGAAGCUACAGUGCUAAGAUGAACUUAACAGUUAUCCCAGAUACCCUGCGAGUGACAGCAGUGCCUCAGACAUUAAGCAAGAUUGAAGGAGAUUCUGUGGAGCUAAAGUGCGAUGUGUCAAAAACAACAACAGAACACACCCAUUUGUCAGUUUCUUGGUACAUUCAGAAAGGGAGUCAGAAAAUGGAAGUCCUUUCGCUGUCCAGAGAUUUCAUUUUGGGUUCUGGAAGCUCCUUCACACCAAGGCACCUCUCUGGAGAUAUCCGCUUGGAUAAGAUUGGUGAAACAUCAUACAAACUGACUAUUUAUAAACUACUGCCAUCAGAUCAGGGAGAUUUCUUCUGUGAGGGUGUUGAAUGGAUUCAGGAUCCUGAUAAUAGCUGGUUUGCAGUAACAAAAAACAUUUCGGAAAAGAUAUCAGUAAAUGUGCAAGCUACAGAUAAGGACUUCAGUGUUCGAUUAGAUACUGAAAGAAGGUUAUAUACCGUUGGCGAGACCAUGGAACUGAAGUGUAUACUAGAUGCUCAAAAUGUAGCUGAACGUUACUUUGCUAUAUCAUGGGCUUUCAAUAGUACCCCAGUAGCCACUGUUGGACCGAAUGCUGUUGCAGUCCUGAGCACAGAAUUUGCCCAAAGGGAGAGCAUAGGGCAGCUGAAGCUCGGAAAGGAGAACGACAGUGUUUUUGUGAUGAAGAUUUACCGACUUCGCCUGGAGGAUAGUGGAAAGUAUAAUUGCAGAGUCACAGAACGAGAAAAAACUUCAACUGGAGAAUUUGUUGAUAGAGAGAACAGAAGACCAAAAAAUGUCCCCAUAACAGUCCAGCCACUGAAAAGCACCAUGACUGUAGUUUUGAAAAUCAAUGCUGUGAGUAUUUUAGAAGGAAGCACACUGAAAUUCACUUGUACUGUGAGCUCUGUCAGUGGAACUCCAAGUUACCUUUCUGUGACGUGGCAGCUACUAACCAAUCAGAAUCAACACAUUAUCAUUGCUGUGUUGGACAAAGACGGAAUCCUAACGGUUGAUCCUUCUUAUCUUGAGCGCAGUGCCCAAGGAGACCUGCAGGUGGAAAAAGGGCGCCCUGAUUCCUUUACACUUGGUAUAUAUAAUACCUUGAAAUCUGAUGAAGGUGUCUAUCAAUGCCGAGUGACCGAGUGGAUCCAGGAUCCAGACGGUAACUGGGAAAAGCUAGGCGAACAGACAGCAAGUGGAAGUAUAUCCAUCACUGCCCUAGAAACUGGUUUCAGUGUGACUGCAGUUAUUCGAACCCCUGGUGUGACCUACAAUGAUUCAGCUGAACUGCACUGUGUAAUAAGGCCUCGCUACCCUACAAGUGUCCGAAUGUCAGUAACUUGGAGGUUUCAGCCUGCUGGUUCAUCUGGAUUUUAUGACAUUGUCACACUUACUCAGGAUGGUGCCAUCCACUGGGGGAAUACAUAUCCUAACAUCAAAUCAAGAGCUGCCUUAGAGAGGACUGAAUCUGCUGGCCAAGUGCGGCUGGUAAUUGGAAGGGUCAGUGAUGGAGAGGCUGGAAAAUACCAGUGUGCUGCAGAAUUAUGGAGAAAGAAUUUGACUGAUACUUGGAUAAAGUUAGCCAACAGGACAUCGAGUCCUGUGGAGAUCAGAGUAUCUCGUCCAACAAGCAAACUAAAGGUCAGUAAAUCCAAAAGAAGUAUUCAGUUGGUUGAAAACAGUAUCCUGCAGCUCAACUGUUUAGUGGUGUCACAAACCAGCAUUGAUUCACGAUUCUCCGUUCUUUGGUAUGGUCAAAAGUCCUCUGACGCUGAUGGCAAACUUAUCUUGAAAAUAAACCACAACUCUGCCUAUGAAUAUGGAACAUAUGCCGAUGAAGUGGGAUUGAGAGGAAGGCUUCAGUUUGAGAAGCUGUCUGCAGGACUUUUCAGUUUAACAGUAAGGAAAGCAAAAGUUGGCGAUAGUGGGAGUUACUACUGCCAUGUGGAAGAGUGGUUACUUAACCCAAAUGCUGUGUGGUAUAAACUAACAGAGGAGGUGUCUGGACUGACGGAAGUGACUGUUAAACAGCCAGAUAAGAAUCUACAAGUCAGUAAAAUUCCUCAGACCAUCAGUUUUACAGAGAACAGUCACAUACCCUUGAAUUGUAGUAUUGUGAACCGAACCAGUCAGGAUUCACGUGUCUCUGUAGAGUGGUACAUCAACAAACCUAACAUGGAACAGCAGCGCAUCGUUCAACUGAGCCACAACAAUGUGUUUCACUAUGGAGAUGUUAUGGAGGAAGGCAGUUUAAAGACAAGAUUUCAGUUUGAGAAGCCCUCUGAUGGAUUAUAUAGAUUAGUAGUACACAACGCAAACAUUUUAGAUAGUGGGUCUUAUUUCUGCCAUGUGGAAGAGUGGUUAAUAAACCCCGACAAUGUCUGGUACAAAAGAGCAGAAGAUCGGUCAGAAUCAACUGUCAUUACAGUUCAGCGCCCAGAAGUAAGAUUACAGGUGGAAAAGAGUGAAUUAAACUUCACUGUGAAAGAAAAGGGAAAUUUCCAGCUAGAUUGCAGGAUUCAGUCUCAGUCCAAGCAGGAAUCCCAGUUUGCCAUUUCCUGGUAUUUGAAAGCAAAAGAAGAGAGUGCUGUGCUGAAGAAUGAACAAGUUUUUCGGAUUGAUCAUGACUCAGUCUUUGGGAAGGAAGGUGAACAUUGGAGUGGGAGGCUGCAGUUUAGGAGGCCAGCUACUACAAAUUAUAGCCUAACUGUGCAGGAAGCCGUCAUUAGGGAUACUGGGAGUUACUACUGUCACGUAGAGGAGUGGGUGUUGGACCCCAACAAUAUGUGGUACAAACUAGCAGAUGACGACACUGAACUGACUAUUGUUGCCGUGGAAAGCACAGGUUCAUCAUUACAGUCUGUGAUUUGUUCCAAUGAAGCCCUAUUUUAUUUUGUGUUCUUCUAUCCAUUUCCAAUUUUCGCAAUCCUGAUCAUUGUAAUUUUCCUAGUACGUUACAAAAGAAGAAAUUCCAGCAAAAACUCUGACAGUAAAAAUGGUGUUCCCCUUCUCUGGAUCAAAGAACCUCAUCUAAAUUACUCUCCCACUUGUUUGGAACCGCCAAACCUUAGCAUUCACCCUGGUACCAUUGAAUAGUCUGCAGCACGCUAAAUGUGCAGCUGAAAACAUUUACUAAACACCUGCAUUGCAGAACUAAAGCAAAAACAGGAAAAUAAAUACUUAUUACCAUGUAUAUUAACUGGACUCUCCAGAAAUCUUGUGAUAUCAGGGUUGUUACACAUUUUCUUGUUGUAUAAGUUUCCACAGUUGUUAUACUUUUAGAAUUUGCUCUGGCGUGGGUUUUAUUUUCUUCUCUAACCCAAAGAACACUGGCUUGGGCAAAAAAAAAAAAAAAAAAAAACACAAAAGUGUUGUAUUGCAAAGGCUGCAUAUAGUAGGCUGAAGUCAUGAAAAGUCAGAAUGAACUUAAUCUAGAGUGUAAAGAACAUUCCAACGUAACAAAUAUGCUUUGAACUCUGAUCCUUCAAGGUGCCAUUUAGUAAGGGAACCAAAACUUUGCCAAGGACCACAUGGUGGAAGAGAGAGUUACAGCAGUGAUGAAGGAUUUAGGGGAAUCUUCCAUUCCUAAUGCUCAUACUUCAAGAUACAUUUGUAGUGAAAUUGCAAAUGCUACACUUUGUAUUUAAUAGAUUAUUUAGUAUUAUUGGACCACUCACCUUAAAGCAGUAAGUGGGAUCUAUUUAGCUAGUUACUGAUGUUUACUUUUAUAUGUUGUGUUUAAAUCUUUUGUGAAAACAGAUGGUAUGUUUAGGAUUGAAAGUUUGAGAUAUCAGUAAACUUUUUUAACUGUCUUGUGCUGCAUAGCCUUCAUAAUGGAAUAAUUCAGAUUUUGGAUGUGUAUUUUAUAUUAGUACUGAAGAAGAAACUUCUCCUGAUGGCUACAGUUCCAUACUAUAAAGAAAAGUGUAAUAGAAUAAAAAAAGAACUUAUAAAAGUAUGCACUAUAAAAUCAUGCAAGAUUUAGCUUAGGUAGUGGUCGAGUACUAGUAAUUUCUAACCUAUGUUUUUAUCCAUUUCUUGGGUAGACGUAUUGCAGGAUUUUUCAUAUUACUUUGCUGUGCCAAUCUGCAAGUGUGACCAGUAGAGAGGUGUAUAUUUUCUACAGAACUAGGUAAAUAGCUACUGUAAAAGGAAGCAUCAGUAACAUAUUUAUCACCCUCUUCCUUGGUCUAUGUAAAUGAUGAACAGUUUUACCUCUUACCACUACUUGUGAGGGAUAUCAGCACUACUAGAUACAAAGCUCCCACUGACUUUGCCAUGGCAUACCAAAGGCUGCAUAAAAGCACAGAUCUUCCAUACAACAACACAAAGUAUUUUCACUAUGUGUUGCAGGAUCCAGUUUUCCACAUUUUCCUUCAUUUUUACCUUCCCUCCAACAGUCACGCAACUUGCAGCAACCCACUGCCACAUGGGUAAACAGCUCCAUCUGUAGCUCCAGUGAAAUCGUACCUAUAAAUCCUUACAUUUGAGGGAGAGUUUUGUUUACAUAUGUGAUGCCGUCCAUCCUAGUUAGCAGACUCUUAUUUCAGUCUAGUAUGUACUCUGAUUUUUUUUUUUAAGUAAGACUUUAUUUAAGCAGCUUUAAAAAUAUACAUCUGUAUAUACACACAGAUAGACUCUUAAGUGGUGCGGUCCAUCUAUACCAUCCGUCAUGACUAAAGCCAUUGGCAUUUAAUCAGCUCUGCAUCAAAAAACUUUCCCAUGCUACAAGUCCCUCCUGUUUUACCCGUAAUGCUCUGCCAACAAGUUUCUUCUCCAGGUCCCCUUUACUGUGCACACAGCAAGCAUCAGAGAAACAACCCCAGCCAGUCUGGUUUUUUUUGCUAUUUCAUGACUUUUUGUGAGGAAAAAGUUUUAAAAUUCAAGGCUUUUUACAAAUGCUUUCUGCUAAUCUCUAUCCAUUCUUCCUAAUGACAAUAAUGUUGAAGAAUGACCAAUAACUAGGUCAAGGAAAAGUAAUUUUAUUUAUUUCAUGCAUUUUUUACUGUCUCUCUCUCUCUCCUACCCUUGAGACUUUGACUUGUUUAUAGCUAGAUGUGUGUAGAUGCUGACAUCUUGUAUUCACAUUGCUGUUUGUCUUUUACUUCUAGCUUCUUGCUUCUCUACUCAUUGAAUCACUCUUACUGUUGCAUUUAUUAGUCAAACAUUGUCCUUGCAGUUUAUUUUUACUUGAUUGAUGAGUAAGAAGGAUUUUAAAAAGUGCAAGAAGGCACAAAAAUCCCACCUCACUCUGUGCGUUUUGUUUGGGUGAGCAGCAUUUUAAUGCUCAAUGUGAAAUAUGCGAGUGUCACCCUAAAUAUUAUCUGAAAUAGAAAAAAAAAUAUUAUUGUGCAAAAUAAUAAUACAGCCCUUUUCCUGUAGGGUCAAGGUAUAAGUUUGUGGUUUAAAAAAAAAAAAAACAAGGAUAACAUGGGAGAAGAGGAGGAGUUCAGGAAACAGCACAUGCUAGACAACUCUGAGAGAGUUGACAAUGAAAAAAAUGUCUCUCCAUGUCCUAGUUUUAUGAAAAAGUUAGACAAAAGAGAGUUCUUCUGUUUCUCCCCCUUUGGAGUUCUUAAACUACCAGUUUCAGUUGCAUUUCAGCAUUCACCUUGAAAUCUCUUAAGAACUGAUAGUAUUGUCUCAUUUUCAAUGUUAAAGUGAGAAAUAAAAAUGUAUUCCCUCUAGGCCUGUGUCUGCCAGAUCCUAUAGGUCUCAUCAAAGCAUUUCUGUGAUAAUCGGACUCCGUUAUCUGAGGAUGUUGGAGGUGUACAUCACGUCCAGCAGAUAUUUUUUUUUUUCAUUUCAUGUUUUUAUGUUUGCCUUACCUGUUCUCUUGCAGUCUGAAAUUCCAUUGUGGCCCAACACUAACUCACAGACAAUGGAACCUGCUACAACCUCAGUCUUGGGGUCACAGAAGUCAGCAUUAGAGAGCUCAUUGUUGUACUUGCUGCUGGUAUUGACUGAUUUAGCACAGAUGCCACUGACAUCAGAGAAGUCUUAAGUUUCAAGGUUUUGGGUUCAUCCCUUCAGCCAUGAUUUGAGUAGGAUUGUUACUUGGGUUGGCCUUCUAGCCUUCAGGGUUAAUGUCCUUAGCAUCAGCCCUAGAACCGACUGGAGCUUCAGCCUUGAUGGUCAUGGCCAGGCUAAGUAGUGGGCAUAGGGCCAGUCCUCUCAGUCUCCACACCAUCUUUGAUAGAUUUUGACCCUGACCAGUCGGGGUCAGUAUUAUCAACCCAGGAGAUAUCACUGGUAUUGACCUCAGUUCCAACACUGGGGCCAUGGCUGCACUUGUGGCACACAAUGCCUGCAUGAAUCUUGACCUCCACCUAAAACAUGCCCUAUGUGUGGCAUAUUAGCUACCCACUAUCUUUCUGAUCAGGACAGGGAAGUUGGUACUCCCCAGUGGGAUAGCUCUCAUAGGUCUGGUGCAGCAUAUUUAUUAUCCUCAGACCAAUAGCCUCCAAGGUCUGCUGGGAAGUACAAGAGGAAGGCAUAUGGACUCCAUUCAGGAGUCUGAGUCUUCCACACAAGACACUGA